AGUAGCAGUUUUCCCCGCGUUAUAAGCAGAAACUGAUGAGAACGGAAACUCCAUGGUUGCUUUUUUCUCCCUUAGAAUUUGAGAAUUCCCCCAAGGAUGGAGGCGUCUAAGAGUAGUUACGAUGGCAUCAACGAAGCUUAUCGCCCAAUCCCUUCUCUUAACUUGGCUUUUAUGUUGGUUUGGCUCCUCUCUGCAGCUUGUUGGACCAUCAACACUUACAAAAACCGCCAUUUUCAGACGAAUAAAUUGCAAUGGACACUGACCGCUGUUCCAUUAAUUAAAGCUUUGCAGCUGACCUUAUCUUUUCUCUUCUGGUACUCGUGCUUUUAUCUUCAAGUAUGCUCUUUAUGGAUGUCUUUUGGUGUCUUUGUAACUGGAGUGCUCUUUCAGACUGUAACUUUUGUGUUGUUCCUCCUGAUUUCUCAUGGAUAUUGCAUCACAUAUGAGCGUCUUUCCAUUAUCGAGCGGAGAACAACAGCUGCUCUUGGGUGUGUCUUUUACUUGACUCUUGUUGGUUAUCGAGCAUCCGUACCUUACUUCUCAGCUCUUAUGCUGCUAAACUAUUUCGUGUCCUUCUAUAUGAUAUUCCGCCACAUAUCCCAGAACUUGUUGUUACUACGGGAAUCUCUCAAAAAUAAUAUAUUAUUAUUUUUUGCACAUUUGUAG